AUUUUAAUAAAAAUCUGAUUACAAGAAAAUUUAAGUAAUCAUGAGUCGAAUUUUUAUUUUGGCAUUCGUUUUAUUUGCUACGCUUUUUGCGGUCAAUGCAGCACCACUUGCACUUGAAAAAAGAGAAACUCAAUUUCAACAAUGUUCCGAUUUUCCAGAUGUAGUGGUACUCGAUGUAAACAUGACACCUGAUCCUCCCGUUUCUAACACAGAAGAAACGUUUGUUAUUAAAGGAACAAUGAAAACCAAUAUUAUCGCUGGAGAUUGGCUUGCUUUUAUAUUCUACGAUCUUUACGAGCAACGACCCAUAGGAGAUACCCAUUGGUUUGAUAUUUGUACAAGACCUGGAGUUACUUGUCCGAUUAAAGCCGGAAAAGCAUUUUCUAUAACGCAGAAAUGCACUACACCAGAAUUGCCUUUAUUAUACACUAUUGGAAUUUUAAUUGGACAUCAUGAACUAACAAAACCAUACGCCUGUUCAGUUGCUAAGAUUAUUGGUGAUAGUGAAUCUUCUGCUGUACCUGACUUUUAG